AUGUUCCGCCACCCCUCUGCAAGGACUCAGGCGGCCAUCUCUCGCAUGGUAAGCAUGGCUGCCGCUGCCACCCCUCCUCUCUCCCUGUCACUUGCCACGUACGCGUCACCAGGAGCUCCCUCGACACCUCCCCGCCAACAAGAACCUCCUCCUCGCUCACGCUCUCCUUUCAUGCCCUCGAAGUCUGUUUCACGUCCCUUCCACCGUCUACUUCGCCACCCUUUUCCCCUCCCGUCACCUCGAAAUUUGCUCAACACCUCAACCCCACGCCGCGCUCUCGAGCCGUUCGACGAAGCGAUGGAGCUGACCGACGAGGACCUCGAAGCGAUGGAGCUCCCUGACGAUCCCUCAAGCUCGAACCUCCCACGCACCCGCUCGCCGACGGAGCUCCCUGCGUCCAAGAAACCCUGCGUUGACGUCGACCCCUGCCUGCCGUCCCAGGACUCGGCGGCCGCCACAUCCAGAGUCAUGGAAGAACAGGCAGUCUUACCCGAGACGCCCGAUCCGCAGCCCACCAGCACGAACGCCUCUGCAGCUGCCGUCUACGCCUCCGCACUGAGCGACAUGAACCCUACCCCAACGACCCCCGGCCCGAGCUCCCUUGCCCCACAUGGCCUUGCCGAGGCUGCUGAUACGAACAAUACGGUGACCCCGCCUGCGGAGACGCCCCCCGAACCAGAGCUGCCGCGCUCCUCUCGUCAGCCGGCUCCGCCCCCCCCGAUGCUGCCACCGCCUGUCCUCCUGACGAGCAGCCGUUCUGUGGUCACCCUGAUCUUCCCAGAAGCAGGUGCUGACGCCAUCCGCGCCACGCUCAUCGCCAAAAUCCUCGCGAAGCUGAAGCCCUCCCUUUUCGACUGCAGAUACGUUCCCGACUCCCGCCCCACUAACGGCGAGACCAUGCGCUUCGCGGGACGGUCCUACGCGACGAUCUGCGUCUCCUGGCCGACCCAGCAAUCUGCUGACGAGUUCCUAGCCAUCUUCAACCACCCCAUCGAGCUCUCACCGGGCCGCUCCAUCUCGGUCAAACCGUACACUGACCCCUACCCCGAUUUCACCAAGGCCAAGGCGGACGGCUCCCCCAUUCUCUCCCUGCGCCGAGUCCCUGCCCGCUUCGAAGAGGCGAAUCUCCUUGCUUACCUGGUGCCCGAUUGGCUGGCGGGCAUCAAGUCCUUCCACCGCAUGCAAGACCCCUACGAUGGGGUAUUUCUCCUCAUUCUCACCGGAAUCCCAGUUCCGCUCCCCACAGAUCCGGACUUUGGCACCAUUCCGGCUCGGAUUCCCGUAGGCGGUAACGACCCUGACAUUCUCGUCAACAUCUCCACUCACGUCUGUUCCAUCUGCGCAAGCAACCACCGCGUGGAGGACCACGCGAUCUUCCCCU